CCUCCCUCCUCGCCUCCUCCCUCCUCGCUCCUCGGCAGCUACAUUGUGUGGACAGCAGCACGUUGUUGGCUUCUGCACGCUGAACUUUACGCCGAAUUACCGCUCUCCUGCUCAGGGAGAACCCAGAUCCAGAACCCGCAGCAGUCUGUAAGUGACCCAGCCUGAGACAACAUGUCGGCCUCGGCGGCUAAAGUGAGUAAAAAGGAGCUGAACUCAAACCAUGACGGAGCGGACGAGACCUCCGAGAAAGAGCAGCAAGAAGCUAUCGAACACAUCGAUGAAGUUCAAAACGAAAUAGACAGGUUGAACGAGCAAGCCAGCGAGGAGAUCCUCAAAGUAGAACAGAAAUACAACAAACUCCGUCAGCCAUUCUUUCAGAAGAGGUCAGAACUGAUCGCCAAAAUCCCCAACUUCUGGGUCACCACGUUUGUCAACCAUCCACAGGUAUCUGCCCUACUGGGAGAGGAAGAUGAAGAGGCACUUCAUUACCUGAGCCGAGUGGAGGUGACAGAGUUUGAAGACAUCAAGUCGGGCUACAGAAUAGAUUUUUAUUUCGAUGAAAAUCCGUACUUCGAAAACAAAGUCCUUUCCAAAGAGUUCCAUUUGAACGAGAGCGGGGACCCAUCUUCAAAGUCAACGGAAAUCAAAUGGAAAUCAGGAAAGGAUCUGACCAAGCGCUCCUCCCAGACACAGAACAAAGCAGGGAGGAAGAGGCAACACGAAGAGCCAGAGAGCUUCUUCACCUGGUUCACCGAUCACGCCGACGCCGGCGCUGACGAGCUCGGGGAGGUCAUCAAGGACGACAUCUGGCCGAACCCGCUGCAGUACUACCUGGUUCCCGACAUGGAUGAUGAAGAGGGCGAAGGUGAGGACGACGAGGAAGACGAGGAGGGUUUGGAGGACAUCGAUGAGGAAGGCGAUGAAGACGGAGAGGAAGAUGAAGAGGACGACGGGGAAGACGGAGAGGACGACGAAGGAGAAGACGACUAAUAAAUAACAUCAUCUGCCCUGACCCUCAAUCUUCUAUUCCCUGUUUGGUUUUUCCACUCACGUUCGGGAGCAAAGGUUUUAAUUUUGUUUUUUUUUAAUCUUAUUUUACUUUUUCGUCAAAAUCUGUGUGAGCUUCAUUUUCCAUUCUGAGGCCGCCUCACCUUUCGGUGCCAUGUUUUGUUCCCCUUUGACACAUCUUAGGCCACUUUGCCCUGAAUUGUGAGUACCAUCCCCUGAGUCAUCUCAAAAAAUAACAAUAAAAUGUAUAAAAAUAGAA